UGAAAAGUACCAUUGUUUGAAGUGUACAGUAAUGUCCUACCUAGACCUCCGUUCUUGAAACAGGACACACUCGCUGCCUGAAAAGUACUCUGCUGUGGACUGAAAGUUUUGCUGCAGCGUCUCCAUUCCCUCAAUCUGGCAGAGUGAAUCAAAACAGGCGCUCAAACUCACCACUGGAAGCUGCCAUGGAAAGAGCAGAUGAGGAGAGGCCCCUCCUCCAUCUCCAACCUCCUACUUCUCCUCCUCAGGAUGCAGCUUCAGAAUAUACAAGAGAUGGAUCAGUUGAUAUCAACAAACAGCCUGCUCUCAAGCACAGCACAGGGAAAUGGAGGGCAUGCUUCCUCAUCUUAGGAGGUGCUUCUGCUGAGACGUAGGGGUGCAGCGUUGCUUGAACUCCAACCCGUUGGACAACAUUGCUGAAGCUCAGGCUCCUAGUGCGUCAUCAUGGAAGUUACGGAUGAGGAGAGGCCACUGAUCCAUCACCUGUCUCCACAGGAUGAAGAUUCACAGUAUACUAGAGAUGGAACUGUGGAUAUUAACGAUCAGCCUGCUCAGAAGCAGAGCACGGGGAAUUGGAGAGCAUGCUUCAUGAUUUUAGGUGCUGAAUUCACCGAAUGCAUGGCCUUCUUCGCAAUCGGAAAGAACCUGGUUACCUUCCUCACGGCUGAGCUUCAUGAGACCAAUGUUGAUGCCGCGAGGAAUGUAUCCUCCUGGAUCGGCAGCUGCUUCCUCACACCGGUUAUCGGGGCGUUCUUGGCCGACACAUAUUGGGGAAGGUACAAGACAAUAGUGAUCUUCCUCUUGAUCUACAUCAUUGGAAUGCUCAUUCUGACGGUUUCAGCAUCACUCCCGUUCAUCGUGGAUGUGCCAUCCAACAGCGGAAUCCGCCGUGUCUCUGUGUACCUGGGGCUCUACCUUGUUGCCCUUGGCACGGGUGGCAUCAAGCCCUGCACCUCCGCCCUCGGUGCCGACCAAUUCGACGGUGCCGACCCGGUGGAGCGAGCGACCAAAGGGUCCUUCUUCAACUGGUACUACUUCUCCGUCAACAUCGGCUCUCUGCUGUCUGGGACCGUGCUCGUCUGGGUGCAGCAGGACAUUGGGUGGGGCGUCGGGUUCGCGGUCCCGAUGGUGCUCAUGAUGUCUGGGCUCGCCGUGUUCGUCGCCGGCAGGAAGGUGUAUAGGUAUAAGCAGCUGGGAGUGAGUCCUCUGACAAGAGUUGCCCAGGUGGUCGUUGCAGCUGUGAGGAACUACCGUGUGGUGUUGCAUGAGGAUACCUCAGGAGGCAUUGAGCAUUCCAGGCAAUUCAGGUUCUUUGACAAGGCUGCCAUUGUGGUGCCCUCGACACGGGAGAAGGGUCCAGCGGCGGCGACGAGCCCAUGGAGACUCUGCACGGCGUCCCAGGUGGAGGAGCUGAAGAUGCUGCUACGGAUGUUGCCCGUCUGGGCUUCCAUGGUGCUCUUCUUCGCCGCCACAGCGCAGAUGUCGUCGACGCUCAUCGAGCAGGGCGCGGCCAUGGACAACCGCGUCGGCCCGUUCACCGUCCCUCCGGCGUCCCUGGCAACCUUCGACGUCAUCAGCGUCAUGAUCUGCAUCCCCGUCUACGACGCCGUGCUGGUGCCGCUGGCCCGGCGCGCCACCGGCAAGGACCGCGGCCUGUCGCAGCUGCAGCGCAUCGGCGUCGGCCUCGCGCUGUCCGCGGUCGGCAUGGCGUACGCGGCGCUGGUGGAGGCGCGGAGGCUGGCGCUCGCGCGGGCCAGCAUGCCGGCGAUGAACAUCAUGUGGCAGGCGCCGGCGUUCGCCGUGCUGGGCGCGGGGGAGGUGUUCGCCUCCAUCGGCAUCCUCGAGUUCUUCUACGAUGAGUCGCCGGACGGCAUGAAGAGCCUCGGCAACGCGUUCGCGCAGCUGGCCAUCGCGGCCGGGAGCUACCUCAACUCGGCCGUGCUCGGCGCCGUCGCGGCGAUCACAGCGCGCGGCGGGGAUCCCGGGUGGAUCCCGGAAAACCUGAACGACGGCCACCUGGACUACUUCUUCUGGAUGAUGGCCGCUCUUAGCUUGACGAAUCUAGCUCAGUUUGCGUAUUGUUCAAUUAAGUACAGAGGAAAAACAAUUUGACACAAGAUUGCAGGAUCUGUUUGGCACGAACUGAUUAUUGCCGGCCUGACAGAAAGUCAGAAACUUGCCCGUUUUCAUCUAGGAGGAUCUAUAUCCAUCUUUUAGAUCCUGUCUAGAAGCAAAGGAUUGCUCUUGGAAUUUUUAGGAUUUAGUUCAGGUUUGCUCUAUAGAUCCGAGGGAUCUCAAAACUGCCUUUCAAAACAGGCCAUUUAUGUUUUCCUACCUUUCGUCUGUAUAAAUUUCGACAUUUUUAUCAUAAAAAAUCAGUUGGUUGCAUCUUCA